AUGAUAGAAACUGGAGCACUGUAUCACUCUAUCCCUGACAAAGAAAGCCUGGAGUACAUCUUCCUCAUCAUCUUCUCUAUUGAGUGUUUCCUGAAGAUUGUGGCCUAUGGAUUUCUCUUUCAUGCAGAUGCAUACUUAAGGAACUGCUGGAACAUUUUGGACUUUGUGUGUGUAUCUGUUGGCCUGUUCACUGUGGCUAUGGAUGCUAUCAACCACAUCAGUGGAGUGGAGGCUCCGGUAGGAGAAAAAGGUGGCUUCGAUAUGAAAGCUCUGCGGGCGUUCAGAGUCCUCCGCCCGCUCAGACUGGUCUCUGGAGUCCCCAGCCUGCAAGUGGUGAUGAACUCCAUCCUGAAGUCCAUGCUGCCUCUUUUUCACAUCACCCUGCUGGUCCUUUUCAUGGUCACCAUUUACUCCAUAAUGGGACUGGAGCUCUUCAAGUGCAAAAUGCACAAGACCUGCUACUACACAGGAACAAACAUCAUUGCUACGGUGGAGAAGGAAAAGCCGGCUCCAUGUGCCCAAGCAGGAAAUGGUCGCCGCUGUACCAUCAAUGGCACAGAGUGUCGAGCUGGCUGGCCUGGCCCGAACCAAGGAAUCACCCACUUUGACAACCUGGGCUUUUCCAUGCUGACUGUCUACCAGUGUAUCACCACACAAGGCUGGACCGAUGUCCUCUACUGGCCCCCGUUAAUCCCGAGCCGAGCAAACAAGAGAGGGCGGCAGAACACGACGGCGAAAGCCAGCUUAGAGAAACACCAGCAGCAAGUCCCAGCCCGGCAGCAAAUGCACCGUGCAGACAAUGCCAAUAAGCUGCUGCUGUCUAUGUUUGCCCUCGAGAUGUUCAUGAAGAUGUAUGCUCUAGGCUUGCCGUCUUACUUCAUAUCUCUCUUCAAUCGCUUUGACUGCUUUGUGGUGUCCACUGGCAUUACGGAGCUCAUCCUAGUCCGCAUGGGCGUCAUGUCAGUCAUGGGCAUCUCUGUGCUGCGCUGCAUACGCCUGCUUCGCCUGCUCAAAGUCACCAGGUACUGGACAUCUCUCAGCAAUCUGGUGGUUUCCCUCUUAAACUCGGUCCGUUCCAUUGCCUGCUUGCUGCUGCUGCUCUUCCUUUUCAUUGUCAUCUUCUCCCUGCUGGGUAUGCAGGUGUUUGGAGGGAAGUUCAACUUCCCAAACCAACCCAAACCGCGCAGCACCUUUGACAGCUUCCCGCAGGCCCUCAUCACAGUGUUCCAGAUCCUGACAGGUGAGGACUGGAAUGCUGUCAUGUAUGAUGGCAUCAUGGCUCAUGGAGGACCCAGCAUGCCUGGGAUCCUAGUCAGCAUCUACUUCAUCAUCCUCUUUGUCUGUGGAAAUUUCAUCCUUCUGAAUGUCUUCCUGGCCAUUGCUGUUGAUAAUUUGGCAGAGGCUGAGUCUCUGACUUUGGCACAGAAAGAGAAGGCAGAGGAGAUAAAACGCAAGAAAGCACUCAGGGCCAACAUGCCUGACAAGGCGUCAGAGGAGAAAGCAAAUCUGGCAAAGAAGUUGGCUGAGCAAAGGGCCAAGGGUGUAGAGGGCAUCCCUACUACUGCCAAGCUUAAAAUCGACGAGUUUGAGUCUAACGUUAAUGAGAUCAAAGACCCUUUCCCUCCAGCAGACUUUCCUGGUGAUGAUGAAGAGGAGGACCCUGAGAUCCCAGAAAGCCCCAGACCUCGUCCAAUGGCAGAUCUGCAGUUAAAGGAGGAAGCGGUGCCAAUGCCAGAAGCCAGCUCAUUUUUUAUCUUUGGACCUCAGAACAAGUUCCGGAAGCUCUGCCAUCGUAUUAUCAAUGCAACUACUUUCACCAACAUCAUCCUCCUCUUCAUCUUACUGUCAUCUGUUUCUUUGGCUGCUGAGGAUCCCAUCGACCCCAUGUCCUUCAGGAACCAGGUGUUGGCCUAUGCUGAUAUAGUCUUCACUUCAGUGUUCACAGCGGAAAUUGUGCUCAAGGCAGCACUGGCCUCCUCUGGAGGACUUUACUGUCUCCAUGGCUGCGCUGCAGUGGAUCCCAUGCAGGCUAUCGCGUCUUCGGAGAACAUGAGUGUGUCAGUCACCUUCUUCAGACUGUUUCGUGUCAUGCGUCUGGUGAAACUUUUGAAUCGCUCUGAAGGGAUACGGAAUCUUCUGUGGACCUUCAUCAAAUCCCUUCAGGCUCUUCCCUAUGUGGCCCUGCUUAUUCUCAUGCUGUUCUUUAUAUACGCUGUGGUUGGAAUGCAGAUAUUUGGUAAAAUUGCACUGGUUGACGGCACAUACAUCAACAGAAACAACAACUUCCAGACAUUCCCACAGGCUGUGCUGCUGUUAUUCAGGUGUGCAACAGGGGAGGCAUGGCAUGAAGUGAUGUUAGCGUGUAUGUACGGGAAGAGGUGUGACCCCAAGUCUGACUACCUGCCUGGGGAGGAGUACACCUGUGGAUCCAACUUUGCCAUCAUCUACUUCAUGAGUUUCUACAUGCUCUGUGCCUUUCUGAUCAUCAACCUGUUUGUGGCUGUCAUCAUGGAUAACUUUGACUACUUGACACGUGAUUGGUCCAUUCUUGGCCCCCAGCAUUUGGAUGAGUUCAAGAAAAUAUGGGCAGAAUAUGAUCCCGAGGCCACGUAA